UACCUUCCUGGCAUUAAUCUGAGUUCAGCUUUUUCACUAUGGUGGAUCCCAGUGUCAAUGAAUCCAGCGCUACAUAUUUCAUCCUAAUAGGCCUCCCUGGUUUGGAGAGAGCUCAGUUUUGGCUGGCUUUCCCACUCUGCUCCUUGUAUCUUAUUGCUGUGUUUGGUAACUUGACCAUCAUUUACAUUGUGAGAACUGAGCACAGCUUACACGAGCCGAUGUAUAUUUUCCUUUGUAUGUUGUCCGGCCUUGAUAUACUCAUCUCCACCUCAUCAAUGCCCAAAAUGAUGGCCAUCUUCUGGUUCAAUUCCACUACUAUCCAGUUUGAUGCUUGUCUGAUCCAGAUGUUUGCCAUCCAUUCCCUAUCUGGCAUGGAGUCUACAGUGCUGCUGGCCAUGGCCUUUGACCGCUAUGUGGCCAUCUGCCACCCACUACGUCAUGCCACUGUGCUCACGUUACCUCGCGUUGCCAAGAUUGGCAUGGCUGCUGUUGUACGGGGAGCUGCGCUCAUGGCACCCCUGCCUGUCUUCAUCAAACGUCUUCCUUUCUGCCGCUCCAAUAUCCUCUCCCAUUCCUAUUGCCUACACCAAGAUGUCAUGAAGCUCGCCUGUGCUGACAUUCGUGUCAAUAUCAUAUAUGGCCUUAUUGUCAUCAUCUCCGCCAUUGGCCUGGAUUCACUUCUCAUCUCCUUCUCAUAUCUGCUUAUCCUCAAGACUGUGUUGGGGUUGACACGUGAAGCCCAGGCAAAGGCAUUUGGAACUUGUGUCUCUCAUGUAUGUGCAGUUUUCAUAUUUUAUGUACCCUUCAUUGGAUUGUCCAUGGUGCACCGCUUUGGCAAACGACAUGACUCCCUCCUGCCUAUCAUCAUGGCCAACAUCUACCUGCUUGUUCCUCCAGUUCUCAAUCCUAUCGUUUAUGGAGUGAAGACAAAGGUGAUCCGGCAGCGCAUCCUUCAACUUUUCCACGUGACCAUUCAGACUUCAGACCCCUAAAUGCCAGGGCUCCAAUUUAUUUUCCAUGUAAAAUUCACAUUUUAAUACCAGCAUUUUGGAUGACAAUAUUUAUAAAA